AUGGAACCGGCAUAUGUGACCACCUCUAACUAUACCGAUGUUUGGCGAUCUAGUCCGAGCAGGCACUCGGUAUCCCCCGAGUCCCCCCGAUCAUUUACGGAGUUGAACAUGAACACCUUGUCCAUGCCAUCGUUUGAGUUCGACCAGUUCCCAAAUGUGUUUUCGUUUUCUCCCUGUCCACCUGGAUACAAAGACCUGACGGUGUUUAAGGAGAAAGCCCCCCAUGACAUUGCAGAUGCCUUGCUGUCCCUAAAGCACGCGGUCGUCCACCCUCAGUUCAGUGGUCAGUUGUCGCCGCUCUCGCCACCGCCGCCCAUGUCGCACCUCGGACACAGCCAGAUGAUGAACCCGGGACCCCUGACCCAUCAGAACCAUCAGGGUCUUGGCUACCCCGUGAGCCAUCAGGGACCUGUGUUCCAUAACUCCUACCCAGCACCACCUCCGUCUCAGUACGCAAGUCAGUACCCGGAUCCCGGGCCCAGUACUUCCGGCCAGCCGACGCCUCAAGCCAACGUCCACUUCCCGUCGAUGAGCGUUAACGUUUCAAUGAGCAUGAACGUCGGGAUGCCUCCGGGUCUCGGUAACACCCAAUACAGCCCGGUACCCCCUCAACAGUGGCCCCCACAGCCACAGAGUCCCACCCUGGGGCAGUACCACCCGGGUCACCCCCACCCUCAGAGUCUACAGCCUCAGUACGGGGGUUACAACGCCCAACCCUACCCCCCAGCUUACAGCUUCACGUCAGACUUCCGGCCCAUGGCUGACGGGAGGGGCGGUAUCUAUUACAAGCAUGCAGAAUCCUUCAAAGACGCCACGAGGUUUUGCACUAUGGGUCACCUGAAACGGUCUAAGUUCCUGCCAGACAAAACUCCCCCUCCACCCCCGGGGAUGGAUCCUAACUCGCUGAAGACCAACAUGUGCAGGAUCUGCGGCAAGACAUAUGCACGGCCUAGUACCCUGAAAACCCACCUGAGAACUCACUCGGGGGAAAAACCAUACAAAUGUACAACAUGUAACAAGUCAUUCUCUCAGGCUGCAAACCUAACAGCACACAUCAGAACACACAGUGGCGAGAAACCAUUCCGAUGUCCCAUCUGUGAUCGACGCUUCUCACAGAGCUCGUCUGUGACCACCCACAUGCGGACCCACUCUGGCGAACGUCCCUACCGGUGUCGCCUGUGUAAGAAGGCAUUUUCGGACAGUUCCACCUUGACCAAACACCUCCGGAUACACAGUGGGGAGAAACCCUAUCAGUGCAAGUUAUGCCUUCUGAGGUUUUCCCAGUCAGGAAAUCUCAACCGACAUAUGCGUGUGCAUACAAACACCGGAUGA